AUGACGAAUGUGCCAACGGUAUUAUGUGGAAAUUUAAAAGCAGGCACAAUCAAAGACGAUGAUGUACUGAGAAAAAAUCUACAAACAUGUAAGGUUCAGCUAACUCAGACAGAGGAAAUGAGAAAAGACCUAGAAGAUAAGGUUAAACGACUGGAGAAGGAGAAGUCGGACCUCUCAAAAAACAGAAGUGUGCAUGGACAGGUAGAGCAAUUGCAGAGAGAAAAUACAGAACUCACGAAGAACAGAAAAGACCUAGAAGAUAAGGUUAAACGACUGGAGAAGGAGAAGUCGGACCUCUCAAAAAACAGAAGUGUGCAUGGACAGGUAGAGCAAUUGCAGAGAGAAAAUACAGAACUCACGAAGAACAGAAAAGACCUAGAAGAUAAGGUUAAACGACUGGAGAAGGAGAAGUCGGACCUCUCAAAAAACAGAAGUGUGCAUGGACAGGUAGAGCAAUUGCAGAGAGAAAAUACAGAACUCACGAAGAACAGAGAGAUGCUAGAAGACACAGUAAAAGCACUGAAGAGGGAAAUAUCAGACAUCUCACGUGACAGAGAGAACUUACAAAAUCAGACACAACAAAUGGACAUGGAAAGAAACCUCAGUGGGAAUAAAAAAAAACAAGAAGAAGCAAUACAGGCACUUCAACAGGAAAAUGCAUCGAUGAUACGCCAAACAAAAAAACAAGAAGAGACAAUAGAAGCACUUCGACAGGAAAAUACGUCGUUGAAAUGCGAAAAGCCAGAAAAUGUAAAUAGAGAAAGAAAGAUGGGAAAUUUGUCACCAGCGGAAAUUAUUUCGAAGCUCGAAAAUGAAGUAGAAGAUCUGCGUAUCAGGCUAAGUAAAAUAGCUGGAGCGCAGUUAACUGACAACAAUCCUGCAAUCGCUGACCUAAGCGACCCAAACCGUCCUUUGAGUCUCGGCGAAAAGUUUUCGGAAUUAUAUGACAAUGAAUGGACAGACGCCAUGGAGGAGCUGCUGAACACAUUACCAGACGAAAAAACAACCAUACAACAACUGCUGACUAUUGUGUGUGAUGCGUACACGUUUUGCGUUGAACGAUCAGAUAAGUUUAUGAACAAGAUAAAUGGCAGCCUCAAAGAAUUCUCUGGCGAUCUAAGUUCUUCUGAGAUGCCGAAAGAAGUCGCGAAAAUCAACAAGGACUACCGAAAAAGUUUGGCUGUGUACGCCGUUACCUACUUACAAGAGGAUUUCACGAAAAAGACAAGGUCAAAAGCAAAAAUAGGACAGAUGACCGAGGCAUAUAUGAAGAGAUGCGUGCAUAUUUCCUGGUUCAUGGCCGUUCAGGACCCAAAGGUCAAAAUGACAGCGGAGGCUUCGACAAUAUUCGACGAAGAACGAUACAAGGCAUAUACAAGAAAAGGAAAACAACUGGACUACAUAGUAUGGCCGGCCCUUCAUCUUCACGAAGGAGGGCCCUUAAUUAGUAAGGGCGUGGCACAGGGAAAGCCAUAAUGAAGAUAUUGGUUCCUUAUGAACCCCCUGAUUAGAAUGAACACAUGUUUAAAACGUGCUGAUAUGUUACAUAUUUCAAAAUAUAUAUUUUAUCCUGCAAC